AUGCAGGCGUUCUUACACCGGAUGAACCAGUGCGCUGCAUCAAAAAUUGACAAAAAUGUAACAGAAGAAACAGUGAAGAUGCUGUUCUCAAACAUUGAAGAUAUCCUUGCAGUACAUAAGGAAUUUUUAAAAGUCGUGGAAGAAUGCCUACAUCCAGAACCUAAUGCUCAGCAAGAAGUGGGAACCUGCUUUCUUCACUUUAAAGACAAGUUUCGUAUCUAUGAUGAAUACUGUAGUAACCAUGAGAAGGCCCAAAAAUUGCUUCUUGAACUUAACAAAAUAAGAACAAUCCGCACAUUUCUUUUGAACUGUAUGCUACUCGGAGGACGGAAGAACACAGAUGUUCCCCUGGAAGGAUAUUUAGUAACACCGAUACAAAGAAUUUGCAAGUAUCCUCUCCUUUUGAAGGAGUUGCUGAAGCGGACUCCAAGGAAACACAGUGACUACGCAGCAGUAAUGGAAGCCCUCCAAGCCAUGAAAGCCGUCUGUUCCAACAUAAACGAGGCCAAGAGGCAGAUGGAGAAGUUAGAAGUUUUGGAGGAGUGGCAGUCUCACAUUGAAGGCUGGGAGGGAUCCAACAUUACUGAUACCUGCACUGAAAUGCUAAUGUGUGGAGUCUUACUGAAAAUCUCUUCUGGAAAUAUUCAAGAACGGGUGUUUUUUCUUUUCGAUAAUCUUUUGGUGUAUUGCAAAAGAAAACACAGACGGUUGAAGAAUAGCAAGGCAUCUACAGAUGGACAUCGGUACCUUUUUCGUGGCCGAAUCAAUACAGAGGUGAUGGAAGUGGAGAAUGUGGACGAUGGCACAGCUGAUUUCCAUAGUAGUGGACACAUUGUUAUCAAUGGAUGGAAAAUACAUAACACAGCAAAAAAUAAAUGGUUCGUGUGCAUGGCAAAAACACCUGAAGAGAAGCACGAAUGGUUUGAAGCUAUUUUGAAAGAAAGAGAACGGAGAAAAGGUUUAAAAUUAGGAAUGGAGCAAGACACCUGGGUAAUGAUCUCCGAACAGGGUGAGAAACUUUAUAAGAUGAUGUGCAAACAAGGAAAUCUGAUCAAAGACAGGAAAAGAAAACUGACCACGUUCCCUAAAUGCUUCCUUGGAAGUGAAUUUGUGUCAUGGCUGUUGGAAAUUGGAGAGAUUCACAGGCCUGAGGAAGGGGUUCACUUAGGACAAGCAUUGUUAGAAAAUGGAAUCAUCCACCAUGUUACUGAUAAGCAUCAAUUCAAGCCAGAACAGAUGUUAUAUAGAUUUCGCUAUGAUGAUGGAACAUUUUAUCCACGAAAUGAGAUGCAGGAUGUGAUUUCAAAGGGAGUGAGAUUAUAUUGCCGUCUCCAUAGUCUGUUUACUCCAGUGAUAAGAGAUAAAGACUACCAUUUAAGAACCUACAAAUCUGUAGUCAUGGCCAACAAACUGAUAGACUGGUUAAUUGCACAGGGGGAUUGCCGUACCAGAGAAGAGGCAAUGAUAUUUGGCGUCGGACUCUGUGACAAUGGAUUUAUGCACCAUGUCCUUGAGAAAAGUGAAUUCAAAGAUGAACCCCUACUUUUUCGUUUUUUUGCGGAUGAGGAAAUGGAAGGAUCAAAUAUGAAGCACCGACUUAUGAAACAUGAUUUAAAAGUAGUGGAAAAUGUUAUAGCCAAAUCAUUAUUGAUUAAAUCCAAUGAAGGCAGCUAUGGUUUUGGGUUAGAAGACAAAAAUAAAGUUCCAAUAAUAAAGUUGGUAGAAAAGGGGUCUAAUGCUGAGAUGGCUGGCAUGGAAGUUGGGAAAAAGAUUUUUGCUAUUAAUGGUGACCUAGUUUUUAUGAGACCUUUCAAUGAAGUGGACUGCUUCCUGAAAUCAUGCUUAAACAGCAGAAAGCCACUAAGAGUUCUUGUGAGCACAAAGCCAAGGGAGACAGUGAAGAUCCCAGAUUCAGCUGAGGGACUUGGAUUCCAGAUCCGAGGAUAUGGCCCAUCGGUUGUACAUGCAGUCGGAAGAGGGACUGUGGCUGCAGCCGCUGGUCUUCACCCUGGACAGUGUAUUAUCAAAGUAAAUGGUAUCAAUGUCAGCAAGGAGACACAUGCCAGUGUCAUUGCACAUGUCACAGCCUGCAGGAAAUACAGGAGACCAGUGAAGCAAGACUCCAUACAAUGGGUUUAUAAUAGCAUUGAGAGUGCUCAAGAAGACCUUCAAAAGGCUAACUCUAAACCCCCAGGAGAUGAAGUAGGGGAUGCAUUUGACUGCAAAGUAGAAGAGGUGAUUGACAAGUUUAACACCAUGGCCAUCAUCGACGGGAAGAAGGAGCACGUGAGCCUGACUGUGGAUAACGUCCACCUGGAAUAUGGUGUUGUGUAUGAGUAUGACAGCACAGCUGGGAUAAAGUGCAAUGUGGUGGAGAAGAUGAUUGAGCCCAAAGGUUUCUUCAGCCUCACUGCCAAGAUUCUUGAAGCCCUGGCUAAAAGUGAUGAUCAUUUUGUGCAAAACUGCACCAGCCUUAACUCUUUAAAUGAAGUGAUUCCUACUGACCUUCAUAAUAAAUUCAGUGCCUUUUGCAGUGAAAAAAUUGAGCACAUAUGUCAGAGAAUAUCCAGUUAUAAAAAGUUUUCACGGGUACUGAAGAAUAGAGCCUGGCCCACCUUUAAACAGGCCAAAUCUAAAAUUUCCCCAUUACACAGCAGUGAUUUCUGCCCUACCAACUGCCAUGUCAACAUAAUGGAAGUUUCCUAUCCCAAAACAUCAACCUCUCUGGGGAGUGCAUUUGGUGUUCAGCUGGAUAGUAGGAAGCAUAAUUCUCUUGAUAAAGAAAAUAAAUCUGAGCAAGGGAAAUUGAGCCCUAUGGUGUACAUUCAACACACAAUCACAACAAUGGCAGCCCCUUCAGGUCUGUCUCUGGGACAGCAGGAUGGACAUGGGCUCCGAUAUUUGUUAAAAGAGGAAGACCUAGAAACUCAAGAUAUUUAUCAGAAGCUGUUGGGCAAACUUCAGACUGCACUGAAAGAGGUGGAGAUGUGUGUUUGUCAAAUUGAUGACCUUCUGUCUUCCAUAACAUAUUCUCCUAAAUUAGAACGUAAGACAUCAGAGUGCACAGGACCAACAGACAGUGACAACGAGAAGGGAGAAAGAAAUAGCAAACGAGUCUGUUUUAAUAUGGCGGGAGAUGAGCAGGAAGAUUCAGGUCAUGACACCAUCAGCAACAGAGACUCUUACAGCGACUGCAACAGCAACAGGAACUCUAUCGCGUCCUUCACCAGCAUCUGCAGCAGCCAGUGCAGCUCGUACCUCCACAGCGACGAGAUGGACUCAGGUGAUGAGCUUCCCCUCAGUGUUCGCAUUUCUCACGAUAAACAGGACAAGAUACAUAGUUGUCUCGAGCAUCUUUUCAGCCAGGUGGAUUCGAUUACCAAUCUCCUAAAAGGGCAAGCUGUUGUAAGGGCCUUUGAGCAAACCAAGUACCUCACACCAGGGCAAGGAUUACAAGAAUUUCAGCAGGAAAUGGAACCAAAGCUGAGUUGUCCAAAAAGGUUAAGGCUUCACAUCAAGCAAGACCCUUGGAAUCUUCCCAGCAGUGUCCGGAAUCUUGCUCAGAACAUCAGAAAAUUUGUUGAAGAGGUGAAGUGUAGGAUACUCCUGGCUCUUCUUGAAUAUUCAGACAGUGAGACACAGCUCCGAAGAGACAUGGUUUUCUGCCAGAGUCUUGUGGCCACAGUCUGUGCCUUCUCUGAGCAGCUUAUGGCAGCCUUAAACCAGAUGUUUGACAGCAGCAAAGACAAUGAGAUGGACACCGGGGAGGCCAGCAGAAGGUGGCUGGACCAGAUAGCGAAUGCAGGUGUUCUUUUUCACUUUCAGUCGCUCCUGUCACCAAACUUGACAGAUGAACAAGCCAUGUUAGAAGAUACACUGGUUGCACUAUUUGAUUUGGAAAAAGUUUCUUUUUACUUUAAACCAUCAGAAGAGGAACCACUGGUUGCAAAUGUUCCUCUUACAUAUCAAGCGGAAGGAAGUCGGCAGGCUCUGAAAGUUUACUUCUACAUUGAUAGUUAUCAUUUUGAACAGCUGCCUCAACGUUUGAAAAAUGGAGGAGGGUUUAAAAUUCAUCCUGUUCUUUUUGCACAAGCACUGGAGAGCAUGGAAGGGUAUUAUUAUAGAGACAAUGUUUCGGUGGAAGAAUUUCAAGCCCAGAUAAAUGCAGCCUCAUUGGAAAAAGUCAAACAAUAUAACCAGAAACUCAGGGCGUUCUACUUGGACAAGUCAAAUUCACCACCUAACUCCACAUCCAAAGCUGCCUAUGUAGAUAAGCUAAUGAGGCCUCUCAAUGCUUUGGAUGAACUUUAUCGACUGGUAGCCUCGUUUAUCAGAUCCAAGCGCACGGCCGCCUGUGCAAACACAGCUUGCAGCGCCUCCGGGGUUGGUCUGCUGUCCGUGUCCUCGGAGCUGUGCAACAGGCUGGGGGCCUGCCACAUCAUCAUGUGCAACAGUGGCGUGCACAGGUGCACCCUGAGCGUGACACUGGAGCAGGCCAUCAUUCUGGCCAGAAGCCAUGGACUGCCUCCUCGCUACAUCAUGCAGGCUACAGAUGUGAUGCGGAAGCAGGGAGCAAGAGUUCAGAACACAGCAAAGAAUUUGGGAAUCAGAGACAGAACCCCACAGUCUGCUCCAAGGCUGUACAAGCUGUGCGAGCCGCCUCCCCCUGUUGGAGAAGAAUGA